GGUAAAGAGUCACUUGAUGUACGCAGUAAGGGAGGAAGUGGAGGUCCUCAAAGAGCAAAUCAAAGAGCUGAUAGAGAAGAACUCCCAGCUGGAACAAGAAAACACUCUGCUAAAAACACUUGCCAGCCCGGAGCAGCUUGCCCAGUUCCAAGCGCAGCUGCAGACUGGUUCCCCACCUUCCUCUUCCCAGUCACAAGGGACAACACAGCAGCCUGCUCAGCCGGCGUCACAGGGGUCGGGGCCUUCAGCGUAGCUCACGAUGUCGUUGCCAUCCUGAUCGUUGGCCUCUGGACUGCCCAGGGCGAGAAGGACUAGCGGGAAUCCGUCACAGCCAUCCUUCAUCCAUUUCAGUGCACAUUGCAACCCAGACUGCGGACUCCAUGCCCUGCACACAUCAGAGGAGGCUUCUCCCCCCUGUAUUACGCACUCAUCUGUCUCCCUCUUCCCUCCCUUACCCCGUUGGCUUGAAGGAGUUUUUGUUCUUAGGUUGGUUGAGUAAAAUAAACUUUUUCCAGAGAAUUAGCACAAGUACACUGGGGACUCGAGCAGCUUCUGCAGAUGGCCAAGAAACGAAGCUGCAUGCCUGAAUUUUUUGGUUUGAUUUUUAAAUCUUCCACUCAUCCAGUGAUACAGCUGAUACAAGUGCUUUUCGAGCUUGGAAAUGUGAAGAAAUAGACCGGAGUAAAAAGUGAUGGUUCAGUCCCCCAUAGUGCAUUGGGGUUCCAAAGUGAGGACUGAUGCAUAGGAUCUAAGAGGAAGAGGGAGAAAGGUAAUUUCAGUGUUUAACACUUAAUUGUCACCUGAAACCUUAAGUGCAAAUACUUGCACCGUUUUCUGAAGCAGUGGACAGGUGCAUAAAGCUGUAUUAUAUAUAGAAAACAGGUAGGUGACAUACAGUUGGGUCAUAGGUUAAUCACAAUGAAGGUUAUUUGCCUACUGUAUAUUUGUGUAUUUAGUGUAAUUACUUUGUAAAAUAGAAAA